CGAUGGGCACUUUCCAUAUUUUUGCCCACACCUAAAAUCAGUAUAAGGGGGUACAAAAGGGCGGGAACACCGUCGUGGACCUAGAGAGACAACUGAUAUACAAAGGACUGAGAUGUACGGUGGGAACGUGCCGUUCGACGGCAACGCAGCCUUCGCUGGAGGUGGCUUCAUGCCAUCUCAGGCGACUCAAACUGCUACUGAUCCUUCUUAUUCUACAUCCAAGAAUCGAGAUACACAGUCUCUGCUUCCAUUGACAGUGAAGCAAAUAAUCGAUGCCGUGCAAACAAGUGAUGAUAAGAUAAAUUUUCUAGUUGAUGGUGUUGAUGUCAAUAAUGUGAAACUAGUGGGAAUUGUGUUCAACAUAGCUGACCGCGCCACUGAUAUUUCGUUUGUACUGGAUGAUGGAACUGGACGCAUUGACUGCUACAGAUGGCUGAAUGAACCUUUUGACAAAACAGAAAUGGCGGCUAUCUCAAAUGGGAUGUAUGUUAAAGUCCAUGGACAUUUGAAGGGUUUCCAGGGCAAGAAACAGCUAAUGACUUACUCUGUCAGACCUGUGGAGGAUUAUAACGAGAUUGCAUAUCACAUUGCUGAAGCUAUUUAUGCUUAUUGCCACAACACAAAGAUACGGAAGCUUCAAGAGAGUAGUGCUCAUACUGCCGCUGCCGCUGCCGCUGCUCCUCACAUGCCAUAUUCAAACACACCUACGAAGGGAUACCAAGUUUCCCAGCAAAAUUUUCCUGGGUACAGCAUGGAUAGAAUUACAGGUGUAGAAGAAAUGGUGUUGAACUAUUUGCAGCAGCCUUCUUGCCUUGCACGGGAAAAAGGGGUUCACCGGAAGGAGCUUGCUGACCAGCUAAAUGUCCCCCCUGAAAAGAUAUCACUAGCAAUUGAAUCUCUGGAAGCAGAAGGGCUGGUUUACUCCACAAUAGAUGAGCAUCAUUUCAAGUCCACCGGCAAUGGCUGAGAAAGGGUGUAUUCUCCAGACGUAGCCUGUGAUAUACUUAAGGUGCUUAGGAUUUUCUUUCUUCAAGAGGCUAGCUCGUCUGUGCACAGUGCACUUGAGUUUUGGACUACUACUAUGUGAAUUUAUGUUCUUUGUGAUUCAAAGACACCAAGGCCCUUUCGUUAGAUUGGUAUAUGUGACUCGAUGUGUGGAGAUGCUUUCUCCCAUAUUUGGAUAGUGAAUGUUAUGAAAUCAGGUCUUGAAGGCGUGUUUGGGUUGAUGAUUUCCCAUGGGUGCAAAGAGAGGUGGUAAAUAAUUUCUAACCUUGAAUGGUUGGAAAUAAAAGAACUACAUUGAAUAACAUGAUUAGUUAAUUCUAGUCUAAAAAUGAAAUGAGAGACAAGUUAUUAGUGAACUUUAAAAAUUAAAACCAAUCCUACCCUCCGCUUGCUGUGAUCCAAGGAAGCCCCAGGGAAACUGAUUGAACGUAGUUGGCCAUUUGCCAUAUUUGGUUAGUUUAUGGAAGGUAAGCACUAAGAACAAACCUAGUUGUCCUUUCUUUGAUCAUCAUUAUUUUUGUGAUCAUAUGAAGGAAAAGUUUUUAAAAUAUUAUGCGCAUAUUCCCCAUAUUUAUGGUAUUGCAUUUAUUCUCGAUCCUCGUUAUAGACUUGCUAAUUUGGAAGAUUGUUUCAACUUCUAUUAUCUUGCGUUUUUCGGUGAAUUUCCAAUGUAUGAGGAUAACCCCAUAGAUCCGAAAACGGAAUACAACGAGGUUAGUACUUUAUUUUAUGCCUUAUUUAAUGAGUUUCGUGCACAAUAUAGCAACGCUCCCCCUCCCCCGUCACGAACAUCUUCAUCUAAAGGAAAAUCGAUUUUUAAAUCUGCAUUUGGCAAUCUUAUGAAAAAAAGUAAAACAACUCACGUCACUGAACAAAGCGCAUUGAAUGAGAUUACUUUGUAUUUAACAUAUGAAGUUGAUUUUGAAGAAAAUGAUGACUUUGACGUUCUAGACUGGUGGAAGUCAAAAGAAAGAACGUUCCCGAUUUUAGCACGGAUGGCUAAGCAAGUACUAUCAAUGCCGGUUUCAACAGUUGCGGUGGAACAAGAAUUUAGUUCGGCCGGCAACGUCCUAACGGCAUCUAGAUCGAGAUUGAGCGCGGAGUCUCUUGAGACGCUUAUAUGCUACCACGAUUGGUUGAAGGC